AUGUCCGAGUUUAACGGGUUCCGCGACCUGUAUUACGACCAACUGACGGGGGCGCUGAGUUCGGCAAACCCCAGUGCCUCGCCGCAUACCCUGAUGAACAUCCCCACCAUCAACGUCAAGCGCGAGGACGUCGAGCAGUUUCUCUCGCAAUCGCUGGACAUCAAGAAGCAAUUGCUGGCGUCUUUAGGUGGCGCCGGUGGUAGCUACGGAGGGGUGAACAAGCCGACGCUGCGUAAAGGCCUGAUCAUCACUAUUCGCAGUCAGGAAGAUGACGACGACGCCGACCAAGGCAAUGAACGCAAACGCCGGGAUAAUAUCAAUGAGAAGAUCCAGGAGCUUCUUACAUUGAUUCCUGCCAAGUACUUUGACCCUAAAUUGCAAAAGGAUGCUAAAAAGGAGGAGGACGUUAAGAACCUGGGGACCAAAGACGGUAAGCCCAAUAAGGGGCAAAUCCUCACCAAGCUGGUCGACUACCUUCGGGAUUUGCAAAACUUGAUUGAUGAAAACAACCGCAAGGAGGUUGAGCUUCAAAUGAGACUCCGCCAGUUGGAAGGGAACACCCAGCAGCAAGGGCCGUCGUACACGAGUGCCGAGCGGGCCUUGGGUGAGAUCGGGGUCGGCCCCCUCCUGGAAGAGUACUUCAAGGGAGUGCUUGCCGACGUGUUGCGGAGAAAGCCGUGA